UGUUAUAAAUAGAGUUACGGCAAUUUUGACACGCAAAAUGAUAUGUUGCUGCCGGAUGAGACUUACGACGAACACAUAGAGUCUGCAACGCAAGCAGAAGUCAAGCAAACGCCACCAAUAAAUAAUAAUAAAACAAAUAAAAGUAAAAGUGUCAAAACCAAAGCUCGAUUACCGAGUAAUCAACGAGAGCGCAAUGACUCACUCACAGGCAGCGCCGAGACGCAUAGCGGUACUGGCAGCGGCGAUAGCAGCAUUAGCAGUGGCGGCAUUAUCUCAUUUCCUUAUUGCACUUCGAGUUUCUUCACCAAUAUCCUCGACACUUUGGGCGACAUCUUGCCGCAAAGUGAAGAAUUCUCAACACUCCAACAACCUGCGACGCGACAAAGCGAUGCCGAAGCGACUGACGAAAGCCCGCGCCUCAGUCCCAACAGCAGCAGUGGCAGCGCUGCUGAUUCGCCUAGUGGCCAACGGCUAACGGCCAGUGCCGAUAUGCUGCGUGUCGUUUGCGAUAAUUUCCUGCGUCGACAUCGCAUACGUCCGGACUUUUUCUGUCAAUACCAGCAAGCGAUCAGCGCUGCUGCUCUAUUGCAACAAAAUAAACCAAAGAAUGUGACAACAACAGCAACAACAACGAUUGCAUGUGAACAACCAGCGACUGUAGCUGCGGCUAAGCAGUCUGUGAUUGCAGCAACUACAACAGCGGAGGCCGUUGCGGUGACAAUAAAAUCCGAUGAGGCGGCAGAGCUGGUGAACCCACAGCAGCGACAAAAUGUAGAAUUGCGAAAUCUUUAUACAUUGCCGCUGGUAAAACGCAAGAAAGCGCGCAAUGCGACUGAAACACCAACUAAAACAACAGCGUCAACUACAACACCAACAACGAUAGCUGCGGCAACAACAGACGCAUCCUCAUCCAAUGAAGCCGUGCACUUGCAGCAGCGCCUCAAGAGCCUCAGCACUGAGUUAGUCACCCUACGCAAUCGGCUGCAUGUUGGACAGGGACAACAAAACAACAACAACACCAAUAACAAUAAUAACAAUAGCAACAACAACAACAAUAGCCAUAACAACACCAGCAAUUGCAAUGUCACAACGGUGAGUAACUUACAACAGCACCAACAACAACAGCAGCAACAUGUCAACAACACAGCUGGCUUGACCGGCCUCAAUUUGCAUGCUUCCACAUCGAAUUUGCACAACAGCACGCAGCAUCUGAACAAUAGUAACACAACAACAACAAAUUGCAUAAAUAAUAAUAGCUUGCAACAGCAUCAACAGCAGCACCAACAGCAACAACAAUUGCAAUUAACACACUCCACACUAAUUCCCACACACGGCAGCAAUAGCAGUAAUAACAAUAACAACGCCAUUAACAAAUCUAAUAGCGGCAAUUGCAAUAUCAGCAACAACAACAACAAUAAUAAUAAUAACAAUGUAUCCUUGACAUCAUGUAAUAACGUCAACAGCACAAACACCGCCUUUACGCACAUCAAUAGCAAUAAUAACAACAAUAACAACAACAAUAAGUCACAUUUGCACAGCUUUAGCCACACAUUGCCACAUAAUUCAACGAUUUCCGCCGGCAACACAGCGACUUUGCCGUCCGGCGCCGCUGCGGGCAUCGUUUCCACACGCAACACUUCCAUACCACACCCAUUGCCGUCAACUAUACAACAACAACAGCAACAACAUCACCAACAGCAACAGUCACACCACCAUCAGCACCACCAACAACACCAGCAGCAGCAACAGCUGCAGCAACAACAUAACGCGCACACGCUUCCGAUGCGCUCCUCGGCCAGCAUUGGCGCGCACGUCCAUCACCUUAGCCACCAUAAUUUGCCACCCUUCAUACCGAUUGCCCAGAAGCAUGCAAGCGCCAGUCAUGGCAGCAGUUUCAGCAAUAUUGUCGCACCCUUCGGUUACAGCAACACCAAUGUCGAGCAGCGCCAUGUAAGCAACAACUUUUUGGGCAGCCUUCAGACACACCACAACAAUGCGGGUCAUAACAACAACAGCGUUGGCAACGCCGGCGCACACAAGCAGCCGCGUGAGAUUGAGGAUCUGAUACAUCUGCCCGGUCCACUAACCGAGGAUGCGGUGAUGCGCACCUUGCAGGCGCGCUUCAGCGACAACUGCUACUUUACCAAUGUCGGCCCCAUACUGCUCUCCAUCAAUCCCUAUCGUGAUGUUGGCAAUCCGCUCACGCUCACCUCCACCCGCUCAUUACCGCUGGCGCCGCAGUUGAACAAGAUCGUACAGGAGGCUGUACGCCAGCAGACGGAGACCGGUUAUCCGCAAGCUAUUAUACUCUCUGGCACUUCGGGUGCCGGUAAGACGCACUGUUCGAUGCUGCUGUUACGUCAGCUAUUCGCUGUUGCUGGUGGUGGCCCCGAGACGGAUGCGUUUAAACAUUUGGCUGCCGCCUUUACGGUGCUACGCUCUUUGGGUUCCGCCAAGACCACAACUAAUUCGGAAUCGAGUCGCAUUGGCCAGUUUAUCGAGGUGCAGGUCACUGAUGGCGCUCUCUAUCGCACCAAGAUACACUGUUACUUUUUGGAUCAGACACGUGUCAUACGCCCGCUGCCGAAGGAGAAGAACUAUCAUAUCUUCUAUCAAAUGCUUGCCGGUUUGAGUAGAGAGGAACGUAUAAAGUUGAAUUUGGAAGGUUAUUCGCCGGCGAAUUUGCGUUAUUUGCAAAGCGGCGAUAUUGUGCAGAAUGAACAGGAGGAUGCUGCACGCUUUCAAGCAUGGAAGACCUGUUUGGGUAUCUUGGGUAUACCGUUUUUGGAUGUGGUGCGUGUACUUGCCGCUGUUUUGCUGCUGGGGAAUGUGCAAUUUAUUGAUGGACAGAGCCUCGAAGUGGACGUCAAAGGUGAAGCCGAACUGAACUCCGUCGCCAGCUUGUUAGGUGUGCCACCAGCUGCACUCUUUCGUGGACUCACCACGCGCACACACAACGCACGUGGUCAGUUGGUGAAGUCUGUCUGCGAUGCCAAUAUGUCCAACAUGACACGCGACUGCCUCGCGAAAGCGCUUUACUGCCGCACCGUGGCUACCAUAGUACGACGCGCCAAUAGUCUGAAAAGACUUGGCUCCACACUGGGCACUUUGAGCUCCGAUUCAAAUGAGUCGGUGCAUAACCAGGCAGAUGUCGCAUCACAGCACGCCUCUACUAUCGGUGGUAACUCUGGUUCGAAAUCAAUGGCAGCCUUAAAUAAUGCGGUACGUCAUGCCACGGACGGCUUUAUCGGCAUACUGGAUAUGUUUGGUUUCGAGGAACCAUCACACGCACAAUUGGAGCAUCUUUGCAUCAAUUUAUGUGCCGAAACUAUGCAGCAUUUCUACAAUACGCACAUCUUUAAGUCUUCGGUGGAGUCUUGUCGUGAUGAGGGCAUUGUUUGCGAUGCUGAGGUGGACUAUGUGGAUAAUGUGCCCUGCAUCGAUUUGAUAUCUUCGCUACGCACCGGUUUACUAAGCAUGCUGGACGCUGAGUGCUCCAUACGCGGCACCGCCGAGAGUUAUGUCGCCAAGAUUAAGGUGCAACAUCGCAACUCAACGCGGCUGGAGACAAAGCACGCGAGCGAGCCUUAUGAUCCGCGCAUGUUUAUGAUACGUCACUUUGCUGGCCGUGUUGAAUACGAUACCACCGACUUUUUGGACACAAAUCGUGAUGUGGUGCGUGAUGACUUGGUCGCCGUCUUCUAUAAGCACACCUGCAAUUUCGGCUUUGCCACACAUCUCUUCGGUUCGGAGCUGAAGGCAUUGUACGCACUGCAGAACGUGCCACGUGGUCUCAGUUUCCGUAUUUCACCCACAUCGCAUACGGAUCUAUUGAAUGGCGACGAACCGGUCUCGACACUCACGCAAGACUUCCACACACGCUUAGACAACUUGCUGCGCACGCUGGUGCACGCGCGUCCACACUUUGUGCGCUGCAUACGCAGCAAUGCCAAUGAAACGGCCGGCUGCUUCGAGCGUAAAAUGGUUGUUCGGCAGAUACGCUCACUGCAGGUGCUGGAGACAGUUAACCUAAUGGCAUCUGGUUUUCCGCAUCGCAUGCGCUUCAAGCAGUUCAAUGCGCGUUAUGUCGCCAUGUUGGCGCCGUUUCGCCUGCAUCGCCGCAGCGAGGAUAAGGCCAUGGAAGAUUGCAAUCUGAUUUUAGAGUUUGCCAUGGAGAAUCCGCCGGUGUUGGACGGUUCCGUCACGCUCGCUUGGGCGCCUGGCAAGCGCCACGUAUUCCUUAGCGAGGGCAUGCGUCAGCAUUUGGAACAUCUGCGCGCGGAGAUACGCACCAAGAGCGCCACAUUGAUACAGGCCACCUGGCGUGGCUGGCAGUGGCGCAAGAAGAUGGGCGGUGUGAAGCGUACGCGCGGCGUUAAUGGCGUCAUAACUAUGCUACCGACUGCGUCAAGCGCAACUAAACUGACGAAGUUGCUGCCCAACAGCGGUGCGAAUUCGCUACCGCGUCUAUCGGCGAAAUCUACAAAUCUUAUGGGCACUGUAACGCGUCCACGUCCGCAACCAAUCGCCGGCACACCACCACCUGAUCCGAAUGAGAAAUGCGACACAAAGAUUAUCCAGCAAACCUGCAGCCUAUUCGGAUUAGAUUUGGAACGACCGCCACCCGUGCCACCGUCACGUGGCUACACCAUCGCUGGCAGCCUAAAGCUCAGCUAUCCGCAGAGUCGCAUCAUGAAAAUGAAUUUCCCCGAGGAUCCACCCAUCGUUAAUCCGGCCGAACAACAGCUACAGCAACAGUUGAAGAAGGGUGAAGCUGUCAGCGUUGUGGGCGCCUCAUCGUGUCGCGGACACUUGAUUGUCGAGCACAAAGGUCAGAGUUACCACGUACCGUUUCAGUAUAUGGAGUUGUUGCGUCCGUCUAUGCCAGCUGGCAAUGUGGUUGUUGCUGGUGGUGGUGGUGCUGGCAGCAGUGGUGGCUGCGGUCUCACCAAUAAUCCAAAUAAUGCUGCUAGUGUUAAAAACAACAACAAUAGCAACAAUAUGGCUAAUAAAAAUAGCAGCAGCACUGGCAAUUUGACUAACAAUUGCAAUACCAACAAUAACAAUGUUGGCGUAAAUAACGGUAAUAGCGGCAACACGAACAACAACAACGCCAACAACACCUCGGCAGCUGUCAAAAUUUGAAGGGGCGUCGCGGUCGCGGUGUAGUGCAGGCCAAUUGACGUGUGCGGCAGUCGGCAGCGCAGCUGUGACCACCAAAACAAAUCGAAACGGCUUCCGUGGCAGCGCGAGUUUGCUGUGUGUGCUGCAGUGCAUAUCCGUUGAGGAACUUAUGUGGCUGCAAUAUCAACAAUUUCGCUUUUUUUUAUUUUUUAUUACACAAAGACUGUAAAUAUACAUAUUUUCUAGAUUCGUGCAUUAGCUUGUAUACAAACAGACGUAUAAAGUAAGUGGAAAAUAUGAGUAAGACAUAAUAUAAAAAUAAUAAAUAUUAAUAAUAAAAAAAUAACAUUACUCUAAAAUUAAAUUUAAAAAAAUAUAAAUGCAAAUAAAUAAUAAAUUCAUAGUAUUAUAUAUAUAAAAUAAAAAACAAAAAAAAUAAAAAAAUGACAAAAUAAAAAACAACACUUCUAAAAAAUUAUAUACAAAAACGUAAAGUAAAGUGAUGAAAUAAUAAAAAAAAUAAAAUAAAUUCUAUAAUAAAGUUUCAAGUUAAAUUAAAUUUAAUAAUGUUAAAUUACAAUAAAAGUAAAAAAUAAAUCAUUAAAUAAAAAAAUUAUGACCAAUUUAAAAAAAUUAAAUUUUGUAAUAUUGAAGGAUUAAUUAAUAUACAUACAAAAAGGAAAAUAUCAAAUGACGUAAAAUCAAAUAAAAUAUAAUACUAAAUGAAACUGAAAUACCCUUCUCAGUGGCAACCAACAGAAAAAGUUUUGCUAGUUCUCUUUAGCUACGGUGUUUGAUAUAAACAAUCUUAAGGAGGUAUUCUGGUCUAGACGCAAGCAUUUUAGGAAUUUUUUAAACUAAGAUAAAAAAAAUGAAAAACAUUUUUAGUAUCCAUUUUUUUAUAGGCUUUUUAUUGACAAAUAUAAAAAAAAAAGUUGCAAGAAAAAAAAAAAACCCAAAAUUCGUCGGUGGAGUGCGGGCUUCAAAAAAACGGUGCGUCCUGAUUUCCACGAUUUUUUCGACCUUUUCGAAUUUUUUAAAAAUACUUCAAAACAAAAUUUUUGGAAAUCCAAGGCAGAAACGAUAGAGCAUUGUAUAAAGAAGAUAUAUACCGAAUUUCAAAGGAAUCGGUUCAGUAGAACUUGAGAUAUCAUGUCAACCACCUGAAAAAAAAGAAGUUUCGAGAAAAAGGUGUUUAAAGUUCAGGAGAAAAUUAUAGUGAACACGGACUCCACGUCACAAAAUAGGCUGUAUCUCCGAAAAUAAGUCGAAUUUUGAAAAAUCCUUCCAAGGUCAUAUUUUUGAAAGUCUAAACUUUCAAAAUAAGCAAAAAAAUCGAUUUUUUCAAAAUCCUAGACGUAAUCCUAGAAUACCCCCUUAAAGUUGAAAAAAACGAUUUUUUGUUUAUUUGAUCCCUCGGUUUGAAUGGCAUCUAUAUCCUACAGUAGUCCGAUAUAGUCAAAUCCGGCUGCACCGAAGCUAAUAUACCCUUCACAGGUAUCACAGCUAUAGUGAGCCGAUCUGAACAAUUUUAUCGGAGAUUAUGUUGUUACCUUAAGCAGUAAUCCCUGUUAAAUUUCGUGAAGAUAUCACGUCAAAUGAGAAAGUUUCCCAAGCAAGCAUUUGAUUCCGAUCAUUCAGUUUGUAUGGCAGCUAUAUGAUAUUGUUAACCGAUGUGAAUAAUUUCUUCGUAUAUUACAUAGUUAUUUUAGAAAAAACCUGUGCCAACUUUUGUGAAGAUACAUUGUCAAAUAUGAAAAUUUUACAUAGAAGAACUUGAUUCCGAUCGUUCAUUUUGUAUGGCAGCUAUAUGUUAUAGUGAUCCGAUAUUGGCCGUUCCGACAAAUGAGCAGCUUCUUGAAGAGAAAAUGACGUUUACAAAAUU